CAACCUUCUUCUUCGCCCCCCCCCUCGCUAUAGUUGUAUUCGUAUAGCUCUCUAGGUACACCUGCCCACCUAUCACAUGCUCUCCGUGGCUACAGAUCUACUUGUAUAGGUAGGUAUUACGUUGCGAAUAAGAAUGGAUACCUACACAACGCUUGCCACAGAAGAACAGGCUAGCUAGAAGCGACCUUUCGCUCUCCGUGUAUUAUAAGUGAAGACGUGUGGGAACGGGUAUCGCUUAUAGUAAAAAAUAUAGUAUUAAAACGACUUAGAUCCCCCCCUUCUCUUCCCUUCCGCACCACCACCACUGCUACACUCUCCCCUCAUAAAGAAGCUAUCAUCGAUAUUCAUCCGCCUGCCCGUCCGCUCUCCCAAUCGCCAUAUUAUUUAUCUUCUUAGCGUAAGACGGGAUAUCCGCCGCUUGGAAGUUUGGACUUACUCACUUACCUGCCUUUUAGACCUCUCUCUCUCUCCACUAGGCGAUCUCGAGAUGGCCGACGCUACCACCAAGUCGACGGUCAACGUCGGCGUCAUCGGUUACGGCGUAUCUGCCACCAUCUUUCACAUCCCGUUCAUCGCCGCCACGCCCUCGCUGAAGCUUCACUCCAUCCUGCAGCGCAACCCGGCCGCGUCGGCGCUGUCCGCGCCCCGCGACCACCCCGCCGCCAGGCACUUCACCGCGCUGGCGCCGUUCCUCGCCGACGCCGAGCUCGACCUCGUCGUCGUCACCACCACCCCGGAGACGCACUUCUCGCUCGCGCAGGAGGCGCUGCGCGCGGGCAAGCACGUCCUCGUCGAGAAGCCCUUCGUCCCGAGCGCCGCCGAGGCCGACGCCCUCAUCGCGCUCGCGCGGGAGCGCCGCCGCCUGCUCUGCGUGUACCAGAACCGCCGGUGGGACGGCGACUUCCGCACGGUGCAGAAGCUGCUCGCCGCCGCCGACCGGCCGCUGGGCCGCGUCGUCGAGUUCGAGACCCACUUCGACCGCCUCCGGCUCGACAAGCCGACCGGCUGGAAGGGCGCGCUCGGCAUCGACCGCGGCGGCUCCGCCCUCUACGACCUGGGCACCCACCUGAUCGACCAGGUGUACGUGCUGUUCGGCGCGCCGCGCAGCGUCUUCGCCUCGCUCGCCAGCCAGCGCGACGGGCUGCGCGCCGGCCCGCAGCGGCCGGACCUCCAGCCCGACAGCGUCACCGCCCAGCUGUUCUACGACGCCGGGCUCGUCGCCCUGGUGCGCAUCGCCGUCGCCAGCGUCGAGACGCGCCAGCCGCGCUUCUGGGUCCGCGGCACCGCCGGCAGCUACCGCAAGGCCGGGCUCGACCCCCAGGAGCCCCAGCUCAAGCGCGGCCUCAAGCCCGGCGACGCCGGCUUCGGCGCCGAGGCCGCCGAGUGGAACGGCAAGCUCACCCUCUUCGACCAGGCCGACGGCAGCACCCGCGAGCUGGACUGGCCCAACGCGGACCCCGUAACCUACACCGAGUUCUACAGACUUCUCGCCGACGCUGUCCUCCGGAAUCGCGAGCAGGACCUGCCCGUCCCGGCUGAGCAGGCGAGGGACGUCUUACGCAUCAUCGAAGCUGUCAAGGAGAGCGCCAGGAGCCAUCGCGAGGUCGACCUGUCCUGAAGUGACUGCUUUCUCUCUGCCCGAUUCGCGACAUAUCGAGGGCCAAUUUUUUUUUCUUUUGGUGUAUAUAAGAAGACAUAUAUAGCAAACGCCAUAGAAGAAGAGUCUUAUAGACCUAUGAGUACGGAGGACCAGUCAAUUAUCCACUCGUCGAUUUUCCUCCCCCCUCGGCAUCUUAGUUACUCUCACUCCUACUAUGUUUGCCCCCCUUGGCCCGACAUAAUGUAGGCCCCGACUUGACCACAGUGGUCUCGUGAGCCACGUAUCGACAUCCAUAGUGUUUGACAUCAAAACUGCCCCGGGGAGCUGUUACCACUGGUACGGCACACGUUUCGAGAGCGGAUUUCUAUCAGGACAGUACCUUAGCCGCGUGUAACCUUGUGUCUUUGCUCAAUCCCGUAAACAAUUUUCGCGACA